AGGUCCUGUGUUCUGAUGGUCUUUCCUGUCCCCCUUCAGGAACUGGUCUCCAAACCAGAAUUCAUCGUAGGAGGAGCCACCAGGACCGACAUCUGCCAGGGGGCCCUGGGUGACUGUUGGCUACUGGCUGCCAUCGCCUCUCUGACCAUGAACGAAUUUGUGAUGGCCCGAGUCGUGCCCACAGACCAGGGCUUUGGUGCCGACUANGCUGUUUUAGGUGUUAAAGCUUUCUGGCAGUUCGGGGAGUGGGUGGAUGUGGUGAUCGAUGACCGUCUCCCGGUCAAAGACGGGGAGCUGCUGUUUGUCCACUCGGCUGAAGGCAGGGAGUUCUGGAGCGCCCUGCUGGAGAAGGCCUACGCCAAAGUGAACGGCUGCUACGAGGCUCUGUCAGGUGGGUCCACUACCGAGGGCUUUGAGGACUUCACUGGAGGCAUCGCAGAGAACUUUGACCUCAAAAAUCCYCCGUCCAACCUKUUCCAGAUCCUCAAGAAGGCUCUGGAGGCCGGAGCCCUGCUCGGCUGCUCCAUUGACAUCACGAGCGCUGCAGAUUCAGAGGCUGUGACUCGUCAGAAGCUGGUGAAAGGCCACGCCUACUCGCUGACCGGCGCCGUGGAGGUGAWCUACCGCGGCCGGCAGGAGAAGCUGGUCAGGAUGAGGAACCCUUGGGGUCAGGUGGAGUGGACCGGAGCCUGGAGUGAUGGKUCAUCUGAGUGGAACUACGUUCAGGGAGACUGCCCCCACGCCAACGCUGAGGAUGGAGAGUUCUGGAUGUCCUUCAACGAGUUCCUGCAUAACUACUCCCGGGUGGAGGUGUGCACUCUGACCCCCGAUGCCAUCAAUGACGACUCCGUCAAGCACUGGAGCGUCAGCAAGUUUGACGGUACCUGGAGGAGAGGGUCCACUGCCGGAGGCUGCCGGAACCACCCCUACACGUUCUGGAUGAACCCUCAGUUCGUGAUCAGACUGGACGAGGAGGACGACGACCCGGAUGACGGUGAGGUGGGCUGCAGCUUCGUGGUGGGUCUGAUCCAGAAGAACCGCAGGAAGCUGCGUAAAGACGGCGAGGACAUGCACACCAUCGGCUUCGCCAUCUAUGAGCUUCCCCGGCAGUUCUACGGGCAGAGAGAGGUCCACCUGGAUAAGAACUUCUUCCUGACCCACGCUCAGAAAGCCAGGUCUGAAACCUUCAUCAACCUGCGGGAGGUCAGCACCCGUUUCAAGCUGGCACCUGGAGAGUACCUGAUCAUCCCGUCCACCUUCGACCCACACCUGAACGGGGAUUUCUGCAUCAGGGUGUUCUCCGAGAAGCAGACAGAAACUCUACCCUGUGAUGACCCCGUUAACGCUGAGCUGGAUGAGGAUGUGGUGUCGGACAGUGAGGUGGACUCAGGAUUCAGGAACAUGUUCAGUAAACUGGCUGGAGCAGACAUGGAGAUCUCUGUGAUCGAGCUACAGACCAUCAUGAACAAGAUAGUUUCCAAACGUGAGCUAAAGCUUCAACGUGUUGAAUACAAACAAGAUCAUCUGUAGCUUUCACUUCCUCAGGACAGCGGUAAUGGGAAGCUCGGCAUCGGGGAGUUUGCCACGCUGUGGAAGAAGGUGCAGAAAUACCUGUCCAUCUAUAAGAAGAACGACACAGAUAACUCUGGGACCAUGAGCACUCCGGAGAUGAGGAUGGCGUUUAAAGAUGCAG